CUUUGAAAGAAAGAAAGAAAAGGGGAUUGCUGUAGUUUAUAAACCCUUUACCUACCUUUGUAUAUAUCACUCUCGAAGAAGAAGAAGAAGAAGAAACCUUUUUGUUUGUUUCACGAACUCGCCAGGAAAUGGCAGAUGACUUGGCGAAUCUCUGCCGAUUUCUUUUCGACGACACCGCCUUCCCCUCUUUGUCGUCUUCGGCAUCUUCAGAUCUCUUUUCUCGCCGUUUACGCUCCGAUGAUUCGAUCAAGCGUGGUCUCCGUUCUUUCUAUCUCCUCCUUCGCUGGGGUAUCGCUCCGAUCGGCGGAGAUGAUGCUGAUGAUGACUCCUCCGGCAACAGCAAGCUACGCUUUCAGACCUGGUCCGAUUCGCAAGUUCAGUCACUUGUUUCGAUUUCCCAGGCGAUUCUUCUACUAUCGCGAUCUCUUUUAGUGGACCAACUCGAACCAAUAGUUUUGGGUGUCAUCCAGGAGGUGAUGGAGUUCUCCCUCAGCUUCUUGGAGAAGUCAAAUUUUAGACAAAAUGAUCUGAAAAUUCAGAUAAACAUGGAAGUACUUUUGGAAAUUGCUUCUUUUGAUGCAAGUGAGAAGCAGUAUGAUAUAUUACCAGCUGUCUCUCCCGUUGAAGUUGCACAACUGUGGCCAGCGUUUUCUGGCGAGUAUGAUAAUAUGGAAUCAUAUAGCCUUGUGAAGUGUACUUUUCAAGGGGGCAGAUGCUCAAAUGAAGAGAAGCCAGUUGACCGGCUUCUUAUUACGCUGAUGUCUGAAUGCAUUGAAUCUGAUGUCCAGGCGCAAUCACUAGUAAAGCCCUCUUUUCAACAAGACUGUAGAAACUUGAAUCCCUUAACUCGACACCUGGCUGUUGUUCACCUUGGCUGUGUUUUUCGUCUGAUUAUGGUCUGCAAAGAGCUUGUUCAGUUGCCAAGUGUGUUAGAUGAGAAGACAGUUGAUCAAGGUUUCCUUGAUAAAUUGUCCUUCUGCUUAAGAAUUUUGAAGCUGCUUGGAAUUCUUUCCAAAGAUGUUCAAAGUAUAGAAAACGAUGGCUCAUUGUUACAGGCAGUAGCUUCAUUUACGGAUGCUUUUCCUAAGCUGUUUAAGGUUUUUUCUGAAUUCGCUAACCACACAGCUACAGAGGGUAAUAUUGAGAGUCUUUCUCUUGCGCUGGUGGAGGGAUUUCUUAAUCUCAUCCAACUCAUUUUUGGCAAGAGCAGUGUUUUUCAGAAUGUCCAGGCAUGUGUGUCAGCUUCUAUUCUCAACAAUCUUGAUGCCUCAGUGUGGAGAUAUGAUGCGUCCUCUUGUAAUUUGUCCCCUCCACUUGCUUACUUCCCUCGGUCUGUCAUCUACACAUUGAAACUCAUUCAAGAUCUCAAGAGACAACCAUACCAUAUCCAAGAUUUGAGGAUUUUAGAGUCAGAAGUCACCUAUGACAAUACCAAUCCUUCUGUUGAUUCUGUUUAUCUCCAUCUGCGCCAGGAAAGGAUCCCGUUGCUCAAGUGCUUCACGGUCGAAGAUAUAAUGAGAGUGAUAUUUCCUUCAUCAAGUCAAUGGAUGGAUGACUGCUUCCAUCUUGUUUAUUUCCUCCAUCGCGAAGGUGUAAAAUUACGUCCAAAAGUGGAGAGGACGUAUUCCAGUUUAAGAUCCAACAGUUUUGCGGAAGUCGAAAGCCAAAUUUCUCAUGACGAUGAAGCCCUGUUUGGGAACUUGUUUUCUGAGGGUAGCCGUUCUCUGUGUUCCAUAGAACCAAAUGAUCAACCACCUGUUUCCGUUAGCAGCAAUUUACCAUUGCAAGCCGCUAGGGAACUAUUGAAUUUUCUUAGAACGUGCAUUUUAUGUCAAGAAUGGGUUCCUAGUAUAUACGAAGAUGGAUGUAAAAAGCUUGACACUAGUCACAUUGAUAUCCUGCUCAAUAUAGUAGGCUGUAGUAUUGAAGACAAGGCUUCUGAUGGUGGUUGCAUGCUCCAAGAUGAGGGGAAACCUGGACACGUUGCCUUUGAGCUGUUACUCAAUCUCCUGAGAAGUCGUGCUCUGUCCGAUUCUCUUGAGUCCUACCUUUUUCAGCAAAUCCUUGUUGUUGAAAAUACUGACUUCAGCUAUAAUGAUAAGACUCUGGCGCUGUUGGCUCACACUCUUCUUUGCAGGCCGGGAUUGGCUGGGGCACAGCUGAGAGCCAAAAUUUAUGAUGGUUUUGCUAAUUUUAUUGCCGAGAGAGCAAGAAGUAUAUGUGCUGAAGCUUUGAGUCUCAAGGAGUUGACUGCAUGUCUUCCCUCUGCUUUCCAUAUUGAGAUUCUUCUUAUGGCUUUCCAUCUAUCAAGUGAAGAAGAAAAGGCAAAGUUCUCAAAUCUCGUUGCUUCGUGUCUGCAUAAAGUUGAUACCCCGUCAGGAAUAUGUGAUGGUCCCCAGCUGUCCAGCUGGGCAAUGCUGAUAUCUAGGUUGUUAGUGCUGUUGCAACAUAUGUUGUUACAUCCAAACACAUGCCCAAUAUCAUUGAUGCUAGAUCUAAGGUCUAAACUGAGGGAAGUUCGUAGCUGUGGAGGUAAUUUGCAUGUAACCAUUGGUGAUCAUUUAUCUUCUUGGGCGUCUGUUGUAGCAAGGGGCAUAACUGAUUCAUGGGCUGAAGAGGAGUCCGUCAGCCAUCUGAUGAGUCAAAUGAUUGACUUUUCCCCACAUCCUCCUACAUUUCAGAAUGAUGUAUCUGCUGCCAAAACUCUAAACUUGAAUUAUGGAGAUUUAUCUGCUAGUUUGUCCCGGGUUUUGGGGUUGUGGAAGGGAAAAAAGGCAGGAAAAGUGGAAGACCUAUUAGUGGAAAGAUACAUUUUCUUACUUUCUUGGGAUAUUGCUCGUAUCAACUGUGCAUUGGAUAGUCAGCCUUCCUUGCAUUUUAAUUACCAGGAAUUGGACAUAUCUAGCUCUGUGGAUCUCAUCUGUACCAGUCAUUUGCUUGUUGGGGACAUCAAUGUUGCUGGUAAGAAUAUAGAGUUGAGAAACAUUCUGAUCGGUGUUUUAAGUCAGCUCCAGGCAGCACCUGAGCAGGUGGUUGAGGAUUUGGGUUGGGACUUUAUUCGCGGAGGAUCCUGGCUCUCCCUUCUGUUGUACUUUCUUGAUGGUGGUGUCUGGGGUUAUUGCAAGAACAAUUCAUGUUCAGAAAUCGAUCCAUUCUGGAGGGAGUGCGCAUCUAUUGACGCCAAUUAUUUUGCUGCUGCAGAAGGUGUAGUCUCUUACUUGAUGGAGACUGGUGAUAUUACAGAACUGCUGAGAAUGCUUUCAUCAUUGGUUAGCAAAUAUUUACGAGUGUAUAAGAAAGCUUUCCUUGCAACUUUUAGCGCUUGGAAUCAUCAUGGUCAUAGUUCGCCUUCUCUGCUACUUCUCAAGCAUACUCAAUUUGGCAAAAGUCUCCAAGGUGAAUAUGUGAAGAUUGGUGACAAUUCUCUCCAUCUUCAAUGCAUUUUUUAUCUGUCGAAACUGGAUGCUCUGGGUGAUGGAAGAGGUUCGGGUGUUUUAUGGAAAGUGUUUUGGGAAUUUAUGGUACAUGGGUUUCCCACUAGUCUUCAAACUUCCAGUGCGAUUCUUCUUUCAUGUAUUCUAAGCAUAAGAUGCAUUGUGCUGACAAUAGAUGGCUUACUCAAGCUGGGCAACUCAAAGGAGAAGUUUGGGGUAGAUACUUGUGUACUUCAUCAGAUACUUGAUUCUAUCAUGAUUAUUAAGUUUGAUCAGGUAUUCGAAAAUUUUCAUGGGAAAUGUGAGGAAAUCCGUCAAUAUAUAUGUGCAGCGUUGCAGCUUCCAGAUUUGACGGAGUUGUUCCUGAUGAAAGACAUGGAGGGGUUUGUAAGAGAUAUCUGUGCUGAGCAGAUAGAUAGAAGCCAUGUGCUUGAAGGGGUGAUUACCAAGAUUGUAGAUGUUAUGGAUAGUCUAAGCAAGGAUUCUUCGAAAUCGGAUAUUUUCAAAUUUUAUCUUGGUGUAGAUGCAGUCUCUGAGCCUACCAGGGAAUUCUAUCAGUUGCAACGUGGAGAUCUCUCUGUUUUUAUUGACUCAUUGGACUACUGUUCCUUGGAACCGGUUAACAUAAAAGUACUCAACUUCCUUGUUGACCUCUUGUCUGUGGCUCCAUCUACUGAUCUCAGGAGAAAAGUACAGCAAAAUUUCAUUGACAUGGAUUUGAUAACUUUAUCCGGGUGGCUGGAGAGAAGACUGUUGGGUUCCUUCAUUGAGGAAAUAGAUGGGAAAAAGACUGCAAAAGGGAAUUCUCUUUCUUUCAGAGAGGCAGCAAUGAAUUUUAUUAAUUGUCUUGUGUCAUCUACUGACGACCUACAGACCAGAGAGUUACAGAAUCAUUUAUUCGAGGCCAUGCUGAUCUCCCUCGAUACCGCAUUUCUCUCGUUUGAUACCCAUAUGGCUAUGUCAUAUUUUAACUUUGUUCUUCAACUUGCAAGGGAAGACAACCUGAUGAAGAUGGUUUUAAAGAGAACUAUAAUGCUGAUGCAGAAGCUUGCUGCUGAUGAGAAGUUGCUUCCUGGUUUGAAGUUUCUUUUUGGUGUGAUAGGCACCUUAUUGAGCAACCGUUCUCCAAGUCAUGGAGAGAGUUCAUGUUGGCAGUCCUUGACAAGCAAUAAGAAUACUGCAACAGGUCCAUUGGUUCCAAAACUUUCAGGAACCGCGAAAAAAUCUGACACAUUGGCUCUCCCUGUGGAUCAGGAAGGAAGCUCAAUAUCACUUGAAUGCGAUGUCACUUCUGUCGAUGAAGAUGAAGAUGAUGGAACAUCUGAUGGUGAAAUGGCCAGCUUAGACAAGGAAGAUGAAGAAGAUGCCAACAGUGAGAGGUACCUUGCCUCAAAAGUCUGCACUUUUACUUCCAGUGGCAGUAAUUUCAUGGAACAACAUUGGUAUUUUUGUUACACAUGUGACCUUACUGUGUCCAAAGGUUGCUGUUCUGUUUGCGCAAAAGUUUGCCACCGGGGUCACCGUGUUGUCUAUUCACGAUCGAGUCGUUUUUUCUGUGACUGUGGAGCUGGGGGUGUUAGGGGAAGCAGCUGUCAGUGCUUGAAGCCACGCAAAUUUAAUGACAUUGGAAGCGCUCCAGCUCGUGGUACAAAUAAUUUCCAAUCCUUUUUACCCUUGUCUGAGGAUGCAGAGCAGCUUGCAGAAAGCGAUUCAGAUGUGGAAGAAGAUGGUCUCGGGGAGGAAAACCACGUUGUGUUAUCUAUCCCUAAAGAAACUCAAUAUAAGAUGUCACUGCUACUAGAAGAGCUCGGCAUAGAGGACCGAGUGCUGGAGCUUUUCUCUUCUUUGCUUCCGUCUAUCACUAGCAAAAGAGACUCUGGCCUUUCGAAAGAUAAGCAGGUCAAUCUCGGGAAAGAAAAGGUUCUUUCGUUUGACACAGAUCUUUUGCAGCUGAAAAAAGCAUAUAAAAGUGGGUCACUGGACUUAAAAAUAAAGGCUGAUUAUGCUAAUUCAAAGGACCUUAAAUCUCUUUUAGCCAAUGGUUCCCUUGUCAAGUCUCUCCUGAGUGUUAGUGUUCGGGGUCGCCUUGCAGUUGGAGAAGGUGAUAAAGUUGCUAUAUUUGAUGUUGGACAGCUAAUAGGACAAGCCACAAUUGCACCCAUAAAUGCAGACAAGGCCAAUGUUAAACCACUUUCCAGGAAUAUUGUUCGUUUUGAGAUUGUUCAUCUGGCAUUCAACCCAGUUGUGGAGAAUUAUCUUGCUGUUGCAGGCCUUGAAGAUUGCCAGAUACUUACGUUAAAUCAUCGAGGUGAAGUCAUCGACAGGCUUGCUGUUGAGCUUGCCCUGCAGGGUGCAUACAUCAGGCGUAUAGAAUGGGUUCCGGCUUCACAAGUUCAGUUAAUGGUUGUUACAAAUAAAUUCGUGAAGAUUUAUGAUCUAUCCCAGGAUAGCAUCAGUCCAACACAGUACUUCACCUUGCCAAAUGACAUGAUUGUGGAUGCUACCCUUUUUGUUGCUGCUCGUGGGAGGGUUUUCCUUCUUGUUCUUUCAGAACAAGGGAAUUUGUACAGGUUUGAACUAUCUUGGGGCGGUAAUGCAGGUGCAACACCACUUAAGGAAAUCGUUCAAAUUACGGGAAAGGAUGUUACCGGAAAGGGUGCAUCUGUCUAUUUCUCUUCAACAUAUCGACUGAUUUUCAUAUCUUAUCAUAACGGAAGUUCUUUUAUGGGUCGACUCAGCUCAGACGCAACAUCCUUAACUGAGACAUCUGGCCUGUUUGAGGAAGACUCAGAUUGUAAGCAGAAGGUGGCGGGAUUGCAUCGUUGGAGAGAGUUGUUGGCUGGCAGUGGAUUGUUUAUUUGCUUUUCCAGUGUGAAUUCCAAUGCUGCCUUAGCUGUGUCCUUGAGGGGGGAUGGGGUAUUUGCACAGAAUCUCCGUCAUCCGACUGGAUCAUCUUCCCCUAUGGUCGGAAUAACAGCUUACAAACCUUUGUCAAAAGACAAUAUUCACUGUCUUGUUCUGCAUGAUGAUGGCAGCCUUCAGAUUUAUUCUCAUGCUCGGAGUGGAGUUGAUGCUGACUCAAAUUUCACAGCUGAAAAGGUUAAAAAAUUGGGUUCUAAGAUACUAAACAACAAAGCCUAUGCGGGUGCAAAGCCGGAGUUUCCCCUUGAUUUCUUUGAGAAGAGAAAGGAUGAGAAUGCUGCUGGCAUCAUAAAGUAUUCGUCAGAGAGUGAAGAAAAUAGCUCGGAUAUGUCUCAGAAGACGCGAGAUAUUCAGCUUGUGAGUUAUUUGGAAUGGGAGAAAGGGGCGUCAUAUAUCGACUUUGUGAGGAGGCAAUACAAAGCCUCUCAGUCAAUUAGAAGUGCUAACCAAAAGUCUAGAACCCACAGAUCAGAUUUCCUGGCACUUAAAUAUUCACUUAGGUGGAAGCGACGCUCUAGCAGGACAUCUAAAGGUGGUUUGCAGUCAUUUGAGCUCGGAUCUUGGGUCACAGAGCUUAUUCUUAGUGCAUGUUCUCAAUCUAUCAGGUCCGAGAUGUGCACACUGAUUAGUUUACUCUCUGCCCAAAGCUCACCUAGGCGCUACAGGCUGAUCAAUUUGCUGAUAGGCUUGCUUCCCGCUACGCUUGCAGCGGGUGAAAGCAGCGCAGAAUACUUUGAACUGCUCUUCAAAAUGAUAGAGACACAAGAUGCACUUUUAUUCUUAACUGUUCGGGGCUGUCUGACAACAAUCUGCAAAUUGAUCUCGCAAGAGGUGGGAAACAUUGAAUCUCUAGAAAGGAGUCUUCAGAUAGACAUUUCACAGGGAUUUACCCUCCACAAGCUCUUAGAACUCCUUGGAAAGUUCUUAGAGGUUCCAAAUAUUCGUUCCAGAUUCAUGAGAGACAAUUUGCUGUCUCAUGUUCUGGAGGCCCUCAUUGUAAUCCGUGGCUUGAUAGUGCAAAAGACGAAGCUUAUAAAUGAUUGCAACAGACUCCUAAAAGAUCUUCUUGACGGACUUCUGCUUGAAAGCAUUGAAAACAAAAGACAAUUCAUCCGUGCCUGUGUUUCUGGACUGCAAACCCAUGCAGAAGAGAAAAAAGGACGUACCUGUUUGUUUAUUCUUGAGCAGCUUUGUAAUUUGAUCUGCCCGUCAAAACCCGAGGCUGUAUAUAUGCUGAUCUUGAACAAAUCACACACGCAAGAGGAGUUUAUUCGGGGAUCAAUGACGAAAAAUCCAUAUUCGAGUGCUGAGAUUGGCCCACUGAUGCGGGAUGUUAAAAACAAGAUCUGUCAGCAGUUGGACCUCUUAGGUCUACUGGAAGAUGACUAUGGCAUGGAGUUGCUUGUAGCAGGAAACAUCAUUUCACUAGACCUGAGCAUAGCUCAAGUUUAUGAGCUGGUUUGGAAGAAAUCAAAUCAGUCUACUACUUCACUGACCAACUCCGCACUUUUAGCUUCAAAUUCAGCUCCUAGCAGGGAUUUCCCUCCGAUGACGGUGACAUACAGACUUCAGGGGCUAGAUGGUGAAGCUACGGAGCCUAUGAUCAAGGAAUUGGAAGAAGAUAGAGAAGAAUCACAAGAUCCAGAGAUUGAGUUUGCAAUAGCAGGUGCAGUUCGGGAAUAUGGUGGUCUGGAAAUUUUACUUGAUAUGAUCAAGAGUUUACGAGAUGACUUCAAAUCUAACCAAGAAGAGAUGGUUGCAGUUCUUGAUCUCUUAAACCAUUGCUGCAAGAUUAGAGAGAACAGGCGAGCUCUACUCAGGCUAGGGGCUUUAAGCGUACUUCUUGAAACAGCUAGGAGGGCAUUUUCUGUAGAUGCUAUGGAGCCAGCUGAAGGUAUUCUUUUAAUUGUUGAGAGUUUGACACUUGAAGCAAAUGAAAGUGACAGCAUCAGCGCCACGGAAAGUGCUUUGACUGUCAGUAACGAGGAAACUGGAACUUGGGAACAGGCCAAGAAAAUAGUGCUUAUGUUCUUAGAAAGGCUAAGCCAUCCUUCAGGGCUUAAGAAAUCAAACAAACAACAAAGGAACACGGAGAUGGUUGCUAGAAUCUUGCCUUACUUAACAUAUGGCGAGCCUGCAGCUAUGGAAGCACUCAUAGAGCAUUUUAGCCCUUACCUGCAAAACUGGUCUGAAUUUGAUCAGCUUCAGCAACGUCAUGAGGAGAACCCCAAGGACGACAGCAUUGCUCAGCAAGCGGCGAAGCAGAGGUUUACUGUGGAGAAUUUUGUAAGAGUGUCAGAAUCUCUCAAGACAAGUUCAUGUGGAGAGAGGUUAAAAGACAUAGUUUUGGAGAAUGGUAUCAUAGCUGUUGCUGUCAAACACAUCAAAGAAAUUUUCGCUGUCACAGGACAGGCUGGGUUCAAAUCUAGCAAGGAAUGGCUUUCGGCUCUUAAACUUCCCUCAGUACCUCUUAUUUUGUCAAUGCUAAGAGGAUUAUCGAUGGGGCAUUUGCCUACACAAACAUGCAUAGACCAGGGAGGUAUCCUAAUUUUACUUCAUGCCUUAGAAGGAGUCUCUGGAGAAAACGAGAUUGGUGCAAGGGCUGAAAAUUUGCUAGACACACUCGCUGAUAAAGAAGGAAAUGGAUUUCUAGAAGUGAAAGUCCGUGCAUUGCGAGAUGCCACCAAAGAUGAAAUGAGACGCCGUGCACUAAGAAAGAGAGAGGAGCUCCUACAGGGACUUGGAAUGCGUCAAGAGCUAUCUUCUGAUGGUGGUGAAAGGAUUGUGGUUUCUCAACCAAUUCUUGAAGGUUUUGAUGAUGUAGAGGAAGAAGAGGAUGGAUUAGCUUGCAUGGUGUGCAGAGAAGGCUACAAGCUCAGACCUACUGAUUUAUUAGGAGUCUACUCUUACGGCAAACGGGUGAAUCUCGGUGUUGGCAAUUCUGGAAGUGCACGUGGUGAAUGCGUAUACACUACCGUGAGCUACUUCAAUAUCAUUCAUUUCCAAUGCCAUCAAGAGGCGAAAAGAGCAGAUGCUGCUCUUAAAACCCCGAAGAAAGAAUGGGAAGGAGCUAUGUUACGUAACAAUGAAUCUCUUUGCAACUCUCUCUUCCCUGUCAAAGGUCCCUCAGUGCCCUUAGCUCAGUAUCUUCGUUAUGUUGACCAGUACUGGGAUAAUCUCAGUGCUCUUGGUAGAGCCGACGGGAGCAGACUCCGUCUACUGACAUACGACAUUGUCCUGAUGCUGGCUCGGUUUGCAACAGGAGCUUCUUUUAGCGCGGAUUGCCGAGGUGGAGGAAGAGAUAGCAAUUCCCGUUUCUUGCCUUUCAUGUUCCAAAUGGCCCGUCAUCUUCUCGACCAAGGAGGCCCCAUGCAACGCACCAACAUGGCUAAAUCGGUCUCAUCCUAUAUUUCAUCGUCUUCACUAUCUACCGCAACAACGCCGCCAUCUGACUCCCGACCCUUAACUCCUGGAUCUCAGCUAUCCUCAAGUGGAACCGAGGAAACGGUUCAGUUCAUGAUGGUAAACUCGCUUCUAUCAGAAUCAUAUGAAUCAUGGCUCCAACACCGUCGUAUUUUUCUCCAGCGUGGGAUUUACCAUACUUUCAUGCAACACGCUCACGGUCGGAUAGCUUCUCUCGCUGCGGAAUCAACCAGUUCUGGAGGCAAAACUCAAGACGCAGAAACCUUAACCGGCGAUGAACUGCUUUCUAUUGUCAAACCAAUGCUGGUCUACACCGGUAUGAUAGAACAGCUCCAACAGUUCUUCAAAGCAAACAAAGCAAAGAAACAGGUCCACGUCGAACCAAACAAGAAAGAAGGUACAUUAAGUGGAGUAGAGCUUGAGCCAUGGGAGAUUGUAAUGAAAGAGAAGCUAUUGAAUGUGAAAGAAAUGGUAGGUUUCUCCAAGGAAUUGAUAUCGUGGCUCGACGAAAUAAACUCCGCAACUGAUCUGCAAGAAGCUUUUGAUAUUGUCGGAGUUCUGGCUGAUGUUUUGUCCGGAGGAGUUACACAAUGCGAUCAGUUUGUCAGAUCAGCGAUUGAUGUUGGGAAUGGAAAAGGCUAAGAGAAAGUUUUGGUUUCGGGAAGGACGAAGAGCUCUUUGUGUUUUAUUUGAUCCUUUCUCUUGUCAUUGAUAUUGUGAUUGAUUGUCAUUGUAGAAAAAUUGUCAUUGUUGUAAACACUUGUUUUGUUGUGUUAUCAAUGCAAAAACACACAUAUUGCUCUUUGUGUAA